AGUUUCAAGGUUCAUGAUCAUGAAGUAAACAAUAGACCGAGGAGAGAUCACUGGCUGAGCGCAUCCGGGCCUGCCAAACACUGUGGUUGUUUUUAAUAUAUUUGCUGUCGUUAUUCAGUGCAGAUGAAAACUUGUUUCGUCAGUUUCAGGCGACCUUCAAAUUCAGCCAGAGAGAUACAAGGGUGUGUGUGACCGAGAUGGCAUUCUGGUCGGUCGUGUUGGCUGUGGCACUCUUGACGACGAGGGCGUGGUCGACCCAAGAUGACCUAGGAACGAACGAUACCGAUGGUGACCCGCGAGGAGGACUCUCCUUCAUUCUCCCUGCGCCGUAUAAGGACCCAAACACGCAUCCAGGAACCAGGACCAGAAACCCUUUCCUCCGCCGGAAGUCCCUUGAAGUCGAGGCCCCUCCCCUGAGCACCGUGACGAGGGAGCCCGAUAUAGUCGUCAGGUAUGUUGACGGCCAUGAGGAGGUCUUCGAGGAGGCCCUUCAGGAGCACGGCCUCGACGGCGAGAGGGUUCGGCGUCAGGUGGAGCCGUCGAGAGAAGCUGGGUCUGGAAGGGCGCCUGGCCUCAGCGGGGCAGGUCCUCCUCGCGUGUUCGAUCUCGGCGAAACGGCAAACGGCGGAGGAAAGCGGUGUAUGGAGGCGCAGAGGGGAAAAGCGGAAGUUACAGAUCUGAUGAUGUGAAGGAGAGAGGCCCUUCGGAAUCCUUUAGCCAAGCUAGCGUCGAUCAUGGGGAGGACGAGUCCAGACCUCUUGGCGUGACAGACGCUAGCAACGAAAAUCGCUCUGUACAAAACGAGCAGAUUACACACACUACUGACGGAGCCGAAGGAUUGAGAACCGAAGCAGAAACGACCACAGUCAAGCGAGAACGGCAGAGGGAGCACCCACCCUCCGGCAGAGUGUUACCCGACGUGCAGGAAAUGUCCUCCUCGCUCGGCUUCUCCAUCCGCCAGUAUUACCAAGACCUUCUCAACUACUACUCGCUUUACCAGGCGCCGACCAACCACCUGCCGCUUGAUCUAGAGAGUGCGGUUUACGAGGCACCGGGACCUGAGUCUGGAAUAUACGCACACACUACCUACCAGCAGAACCUCCCUCAUUACUACGUGGUCUAUCCCUACGGCUCGAACUGGUCGCCGGCAGGAGGGUCCUCGCUGAUGCAAGACUUCCGCUACGAAAGUCCAUCGGCGUCUGAGGCGGCCGGGAGUGGCGUUUACCGGCUCACCUUGGACCGGCUGCGGGAGGCUCUUCGGGCGCCCAGUGACCAGCCGGACGACGAGGAAUCCCCAAACGGUUCUGCCAAACCUCCAACGAACCCCGACGACCCUCCAGCGAGUCCCGACGAACCACCAGUGAAACCCGAGAACCUUCCUAUGAACCCUAGCGAAUCCCCAACGAAUCGCCAAGAACCGGCGUCUGCUUCGAAGGAGUCUCGAUCCCCGUCUCGGAUUCCCAGCCAGCUCCGGACUCUCUUCUCCCGGGUUGGCCGCGAAUCCUCUCACGCAUGUCAGGCAGGGAAAUGUGAAGCAGACAGAAACGCAAAGACAGCGGUACUAGGGAGCGAGAUAGGAGGAAAUCCUCUCGCUGGAACCCCUGGCGGAGUACUGAGAUACACGCAGCCGUUCAUGGACACUUUCCCCCUCUCUCGCCGGGGUCUGUCCUGGCCCUUCGGUUACGACCUGGCACGCGGUCCGGUCUAUUACCCGUCGACACACCUCAUUAGCCCUCAUUGGCAGAACAGUCCUUCCGCGGACGUUAGUAAUCCUUCCUCACCCUCGGAUAAUCCUUUCUCUUAUUCAAGCAGUCCUUCCUUGCACUCAAACAACCCUACCUUACACACGGACAAUCUUUUUUCACACAUAAGCAAUCGUCCCUCACACGCAAACAAGCCCUUUUCAGGUACAGACAACCCUUCCUCUGAUACAAUUCCUUCCUCGCACGCAAAUAACCUUUCCUCCGACACAAACAGCCCUUCCUCACACGCAAACCAUAAUUUCCAACACCUUAGCAACCCUCAUUUCAGUGAGCCUUCCUCGCGCUCUGCACCGCAGGACUUCGACGAUGAUGCUCGAGGAUCCCCAGUGGAUUCCCGUUCCAAAGAGGAGCUUGAGCCGCGAGACCGAGAAUCAACUUCGGGACGCAGACCCCAUGGUUCAUACACUCCCUCGAAUGAACAUACAGGGACGGUUCAAGAUAGCCUGAUUGGAAAUGGCGCCGGGGACACGACACACCUAACCUACGACUCCCUUUCACCUUCGAAUCACGGUCACCAAGCUUAUAGGUUCCUCACAGAGAGUCAUGUAACAGUCCUACCUCCUCAUGUAGAAGCAGCAACUGAUAAUCACUUUCCCUAUGAUUUACAGUUAGGGUAUAACAUGUAUGCUAUUAAAUCAGGUGGAGGCCCUCCAACUAAUGCACGUGUCUUGGCGUCGCAAUUUGAGCCUCAGUCCUCCGUGAAGCCUAACACUCGUGACAGUGAAAAUAAUCGCGAAUACCGAGCGAAUGAAAGAGCGCAGAUUGUUCUCGCAGAUCCUAUAGGAUAUGAAACUCAGGUUCUCACAGGAGACCAAGCAAGGUAUGACACACAGGGAGAAAAAGAUCAAAAGGAAUCUGGUGCCCAAGGAAAAUACCAGCUAGGGGAGAUCACCGGAUCCAACCAACCAGUGUAUGGAUAUCGUUGGGUUUCAGAUGAACGCGCGGAACUUGAUGAUGAACAGGAAUACUACGUAUCCGUUGCAGAACAAGACGCGAGGGAGCAAGCUGAGCCAGAUCCUGUGAUGGUGCAGGAAGACAGACGCCAAAGAAAUUACGAAACAUUGUAUCCUUUCCUCAUUCUUCAUCACGGGCAAGAGCUCUAGUUUUAUUUAUAUCGUUUCAAGGUUGUGAUUUUAGUAUUAAUACACAUGUUACAUAUUUUAAUAAAUUAUAAACAGUU